UGACACAUGUUUCUUCACAUCACCAGGAGAAAGGCAACCCAUAGCAGCGGACAAGCAAGUGAAAUACAUUAAGAGUGCUUGACAUACAGAGAAUGUUUCCAGACAGAAAACGAAGCAGUAGCUACACCGAAUGAAUGUUCUGACUUCUACGCAGACACUUUGGCAGCGUUUCGACGAUAAGACGCGUGUGACGUCACGUGACUGACCUUUUUCAGCACACCUCUGCAUGGUCCAGCAGAAUGACUACUCAACAGCCGAAAGUAAACCGCGGUAUUGUUAAACAAGUCCUGUCGGGGGAUACUAUAAUCAUCCGAGGGCAACCGAAAGGCGGUCCGCCAAAGGAGAAAACUAUAAUCCUUUCCAAUAUAAUCGCACCGAAAUUGGGUCGUCGAGCAACAGCCAAUUCAGAGGAAACCAAGGAUGAACCAUACGCAUGGGAUGCUAGAGAAUUCCUACGGAAAAAGCUUAUUGGUGAAGAAGUUCUUUUCACCCUCGAUAAGACUCAGAACACGAGCAGAGAAUACGGAUGUAUAUAUCUUGGAAAAGAUUUGAGUACGGCAGAAAAUGUAACGGAAAGUCUGGUAGCAGAGGGCCUGGCAAGUGUUCGCCGAGAAGGUGGUCGGUCUGCAAGCCCAGAACAUGCAAAACUCGCAGAGCUUGAGGAGCAUGCGAAAACAGCAGGAAAGGGAAAGUGGGCUCAGACAGGUGCACAGGAACAUGUAAGAGACAUCAAAUGGGCAAUUGAAAAUCCAAGAAAUUUUGUGGACAAAUUUCAGCAAAAACCAAUAAAAGCCAUUAUUGAGCAUGUCCGUGAUGGGUCAACAGUUCGUGCUUUUCUGUUACCUGAUUUUUAUCACAUAACGCUGAUGAUAUCUGGUAUUCGUUGCCCAGGUUUCAAGUUGGACGCUGAUGGGAAGCCUGAUCCUACAGCAGUUGUACCAUAUGCAGAUGAGGCCAAGUUUGUCGUGGAAAGCAUGUUGCUUCAGAGGGAUGUUGAAAUUGUCCUGGAAUCUGUCAACAACAACAACUUUGUUGGCAGCAUCCUUCACCCGAAGGGAAAUAUUGCUGAAGUCCUCUUGAAGCAAGGUUUUGCACGUUGUGUUGAUUGGUCAAUGGCAUUCAUGACAACGGGUGCUGAAAAGUUACGGGCAGCAGAGAAAGUGGCAAAGGAAAAAAAAUUACGCUUGUGGAAAGAUUACCAAGCAACAGGUCCACAGGUUUCUGGAAAAGAAAAAGAGUUUUCGGGAAUUGUAGUUGAAGUUAUGAAUGGAGAUGCCUUGAAUGUUCGUUUACCUGAUGGCAAGGUUAAAAAGGUGUUUCUUGCCAGUAUUCGGCCACCAAGGCAAGCAGAUGGCAAGACAGAUGAUGCUCCACAACAGAGAAACAAAGUUUUCCGUCCUCUGUAUGACAUCCCAUGGAUGUUCGAAGCUCGUGAAUUUCUUCGGAAGAAACUUAUUGGGAAAAGGGUUAAUGUUGUUGUUGAUUACAUUCAAACAGCAAGAGACAACUUUCCUGAAAAAAUAUGCUGUACAGUAACUAUUGGAGGAGUGAAUGUUGCAGAGGCAAUGGUUAGUAAAGGUCUGGCCACCGUAGUCAGGUAUCGCCAAGAUGAUGACCAGCGAUCUUCUCAUUAUGAUGAACUGCUGGCAGCAGAAAUGAAGGCAGCAAAGUCCGGCAAUGGAUUGCAUUCUAAGAAAAAUAUACCAAAUCAUCGUGUGGCAGACGUGUCUGGGGAUUUAAAUAAAGCAAAACAGUUCUUACCAUUCCUCCAGAGGGCACAACGCACAGAAGCAAUAGUAGAAUUCGUUGCCAGUGGUUCGCGCCUAAGACUAUAUAUCCCAAAGGAGACGUGUCUUGUUACAUUCCUACUUGGAGGUAUUAACUGCCCAAGAGGCUCAAGACCAGGACCAGGAAAUACUGGAACUGUGGAAGGUGAACCUUAUGGUGAAGAAGCCUUGGCCUUCACAAAAGACAAAUGUUUGCAACGUGAGGUAGAAAUUCAUGUGGAGUCAAUGGACAAAGCAGGAAAUUUCAUAGGAUGGCUAUGGAUUGAGGGUGUUAACUUAUCAGUUGCACUAGUGGAAACGGGACUGGCAUCUGUUCACCCAACAGCUGAGCGAUCAGAACAUUAUCGUUCUUUGAAAACAGCAGAAGACACAGCAAAGGCGAAGAAGUUAAAAAUAUGGAAGGACUAUGUUGAAGAAAAUGAAGAAGAGAAAAAAAUUGAAGAAGAGAGGGUAGUGGAAAGAAAAAUAGACUACCAGAAAGUACUCAUUAUUGAAGCUACUCCGGAUCUGCAUUUCUAUGCUCAGAUGGUUGACCAAGUUCCAAACUUAGAACAGCUGAUGGCAAAAAUAAGACAAGAAUUCACAACUAAUCCUCCGUUACCUGGUGCUCACACACCUAAGAAAGGUGAACUUUGUGCUGCCAGGUUUAGUUUGGAUCGUGAGUGGUACAGAGCAAAAGUAGAGAAGAUUUCUGGCUCCAAUGUGUCUGUUUUUUAUGUGGACUAUGGCAACAGGGAAACAAUUAAUGUUUCAGAUUGUGCAAAACUGCCAGCUGAAUAUUCUUCUGAGAAAUAUUUUGCUCAGGAAUAUGCACUGGCUUGUGUUCAGCUACCAAGGAAUGACAAUGACUACAGAGAAGAAGCAGUCAAAGCUUUCAUCAGUGAUGUGGAAAAUCGUCCUGUUUUACUUAACGUAGAAUACAGGAUAGGCAACCUGUCCCAUGUAACAUUGGUUGAAGUUAAUGACCAUGAAGAAGAUAUCGUUAAAAAUCUUAUUAAAGAUGGUCUCCUUUUGGUUGACAGUAGAAGAGAAAAAAGACUCCAAAAACUAGUUGAAGAAUACAAAGCUGCAGAAGAAGUGGCAAAGAAGAAUCACCUCAAUGUGUGGGAAUAUGGUGACAUUAGAGAUGAUGAUGCUAAAGAAUUUGGUUUGGGUCGUUAAAUGAAUAUGGCUUUGAAUGCAGAAACAGUGGUGCCUGCAACAGGGAGGAAAACAGAAAUAACAUGAAUUCUUAUCAGGAAUGGUAAACACGUAAACCACGAGAAAGAGCAAACAAAAAUUCAUUGUAUUUAUUGAUUUUAAUGAGUAAAUGGGAAAUGUAUUCAUGACAGUUCUUAUUGAUCAUCACAGUAUUUAUUACACCCAUUGAAUUAUUGAAGCAGUUGAUUACUUUUUAGGUCAAGUGAGAAAUGGCAUGUCCUUGAUUGUGUAUUAUGAUUGUUUCAGAUAACCAGUGUUGCCAGAUUAUAUAAAAUAUUUUACUGCAUGAGCUGUGAUGCAUCAUGUGACUUUUAAGAUUAUGUAUAUUAAUUUAGCUUGCCCUUGCAGGAAUACUAGAAUUUUAAAUGUGAGAAAUUUUGUUUGUGUACUAGAGUAUAGAUUUUUGUACUCAUUUAGUAAAACACUUUACAUUCACUUAAGUUUUGGUUACUGUAAUAUUGAGAGAUUAUCAAUGUAGAGCAUAUUAUGAAUGUUUAAUUGAAGGAAGGAAUAAGUUUUUAUAGCUGUGAUGAAAAAAAAGAAUAUAAAGUUUUGUAAUUACUUGUACUCCAAUUUUGCUUAUAUCCGUACACUUCAUGGAAAGUCCAUGUAAUGGAAGGAAAUACAUUCGACAGAAAAAAUGGAUGGUACAAUAUUAAAUCAACUGAGGAUGUUCCUGAAAAUAUAAAGCCUUAUGUUAAAGUCUUUAGUCUAUUUCCUGAAAGUUUCUUUGUUUACUGGAUUCACUGUCCUGCCAGCUGUAGGUUUGAAAGCUUUCAUAUUUUAUUAUUGCAUUCAGGGGUGGAGUUAUUUCCUCCACAUAGUUUGCAACACUGUUGGAAAAUUAGCAGUGUAUUUGUUAAUAUAAAUAAAAUUUUUAAAUUUAUUGUAAGGUUACAGACAGGACUUUUUCCUUUUCUGUAUGAGAAACUAUUAUUUCCAUCUAGAGCACUGAAAGUAGACACUGGUACACUAUGGCAUAAAACACUGUCAGUGCAUUUCACAAGAACUCAGAUUUAAAAGUGAUAGUAAAUUUAAGAACUCAGAAUAAUACAUAUAAUUUUUAAAAAUCAUUAACAAUUACAUUUAGUGUACCUGAUUCAAUUUUGCAUAUUGCAAGAGAGUUCACAUGUCUAUGCUUUCUUUGGAAUGAUGAAAUUUAAAUGACACAGUAAUAGUUACUGCGAUAAGUGACUGUCUAGCAUUUUUGUAAAAUUUUUUAAAAAAGUGUGUGUGUGUGUGUGUGUGUGUGUGUGUGUGUGUGAGAGAGAGAGAGAGAGAGAGAGAGAGAGAGACAGCCAUAAGUACAGAAUGUGCUGAAUACGAGAUAUUCAUCUGAUUAAAAACUAUCAACACUGGACUCAGUCUUGUGAUGUGCCAUUUCAUGUAUAAUGAGACCUAUUGAUUCACAGUAGCAACAUAUUUGCUUAGUAUUAAGAACUAUUUCAUUGAGUAGACAGUAAACAUGUAAAAUCGGCAGGGAAUGUCUCAGACAAUGACUGACAGUUUUUUUAGAGUUUUUUUGUUUGUUUUUUAUAGAAUGAAUGGCAACAGAUGUUGAGGUUUACGUUAUCUACCUUAUUGAGUUGCAGAUUAUGAUGGCUAAAUACUCUGGUGGAUUUUGGGGAUGUGUUUAAACAGAUGGUAAAUAAAGUUGUUGACAAAAUA